CCUCGGAGCCAGCCCGGGCGGAGCCCGCAAGCCGAAACCAUGCGGCUGGCCUGCAUGUUCUCCUCCAUCUUGCUCUUCGGGGCCGCAGGCCUCCUGCUCUUCCUCAGCCUGCAGAAGCCCACGGAACUGGCACCCCAGCAGCUGUCAGGACUGAAGUUCAGCUUGCGGCCACAGCAACCGCCCCAGGAACCCCCACCAGGAAGUGCCCAAGAUGGAGACUUGAGAAGACCCUCAGAGAAACUCUCCCCAAACAUGUCGGGCCGGGAGACUCUGGGGGGCCGCCACCUGCAGGGGCCUGAGCCCCCUCCAGUCCUUGGCCCGGGAGCUCACCUGAGCCCUCGGCAGCAGCGCCUCAUGAAAACACUGGUGGCCAAUAAUAACUCUGCAGGCUCGUUGGCCUGGCCAGGGAGCAGGGUCCCCGCGGACGCCUGGGCCAGCCAGCAGCACAGGCAGCAAGAGCGCAAAAGACUGAUGCGGGAGGCCUGCGCCAGGUACCGAGCGCGCAGCAGCCUGCGGGCCAUCACACCCCGCCACGUGUCCCGCAUUUUCGUGGAGGACCGUCACCGAGUGUUGUACUGCGAGGUGCCCAAGGCCGGCUGCUCCAACUGGAAGCGGGUCCUCAUGGUGCUGGCCGGGCUGGCCUCGUCCACUGCAGACAUCCCGCAUGACACGGUGCACUACGGCGGCGCAUUGCGUCGCCUGGACACCUUCAGCCGUCAUGGCAUCCUGCACCGACUCAGCACCUACACCAAGAUGCUCUUCGUCCGGGAGCCCUUCGAGCGGCUGGUGUCCGCCUUCCGCGACAAAUUCGAGCACCCCAACAGCUACUACCACCCCGUCUUCGGCAAGGCCAUCCUAGCACGCUACCGUGCCAACGCGUCGCGGGAGGCCUUGCGCACCGGCGAGGGGGUUCGCUUCCCCGAGUUCAUGCAAUAUCUGCUGGAUGUGCACCAGCCCGUGGGCAUGGACAUCCACUGGGACCAUGUGGGCCGGCUCUGCAGCCCCUGCCUCAUCGACUACGACUUCGUGGGCAAGUUCGAGAGCAUGGAGGACGAUGCCAACUUCUUCCUGCGCCUCAUCCGUGCGCCCCAGAACCUCACCUUCCCACGCUUCAAGGACCGGCAUUCCCAGGAGGCCCGCACCACCGCGCCCAUUGCGCGUGGCUACUUCUCGCAACUGUCGGCGCUGCAGCGGCAACACGCCUACGACUUUUACUACAUGGACUAUCUCAUGUUCAACUACUCUAAACCCUUUGACGACUUGUAUUGAGGGGUGGCAGGGGGGGAGGCCUGUCUCUGGCCAAGUUAUCAGACUCACCUUCCAUCCUGAGGGAGGAGGGGGAGUGAUGAACCGAAAACCCCCAGGACCCCAAGAGGCCCAGGGCCCCCACCCAGCUUUGCCAAGAAUCAAGGUGGCCCCGGGAAGCCUGAAGCCCCAAGAACGGCCUCGGGGUCCCCAUGAUAAGGGUCCCUCCACAGUCCCUUUGCCUUUGCCUUGUACCAAACCCCGCAGUUUGCAGCUUUUCUAGGGUGCAGCGGAGAGGUUCCAAAUAAAGCACAGGGUCUC